AUGUUUUACUCCUCAGAAUUUUGCGAUCAAGUGUAUUCGUGGCUCUUGAAGCUGGCUUCGAAUGGUUGUAGAUUCAGAGUCCUUAUUGGCGAUCCCGGAAGAAACUUCUUAGAUGAGCAUCAUCAUCUUUUGGAAAAGUGCAAAGUUGUCUUCACUCUAGACUACCCGAAAGAGAUUCAGCAAGAAUAUCCUGGCUUUCACACUGGAACUGUUUACGAGCUGGCGCACACUGACCUCAUUUGA